AAUUUCAUUGGUUGCGAGUUUCGCGCCACUCACCACAAUUAUUACAUAACCUCAAAUUUGAAAUUGGGUUUUUGUAAAUAUUUAAAAAUAAAAUGACUGAGGUCAAAAAAGUGGUUUAUAUUUAUGGUGAUAAAUUACGCCGUGAAUGUGAUCGGCUUCCAACUAUGUUGAACAGGGCUUCUAUUGUGCAAGAUUUAAUUAAUUCGUAUCGAAUUUUAUGCAGCGACAAAGUUUUAACAGUCCAAAGUCGUGACGCAACUGAAGAUGAGCUCAAACUUUUUCAUUCUUCGAGUUAUAUAAACUUUCUAAAAAAAGUAAAUAACUUGGACAAUUUUGAAGAUUAUGAUGAAGAACAGCAAGAAUUUGGCCUGGGUUACGACUGUCCCAUACUAGAACAUAAUUAUGAUUUUAUUAAAACCAUAGCCGGUGGUUCCAUAACCGCUGCGAAAAUUUUAUGCAAGACUGACUACAAAGUUGUGAUAAAUUGGUUUGGGGGCUGGCACCACGCCCAGAGAGACUCAGCAGCCGGUUUCUGUUACGUAAACGACAUUGUCUUGGCCAUCCAAAAACUAACGGAAAAAUUCACCAAAAUUUUAUACCUAGACUUGGACAUUCACCACGGUGACGGCGUCCAGAACGCUUUUGAACUGAGCAAAAAAAUCCUCACCCUUUCCUACCACAAACAAGCCCCCGGUUUUUACCCCGGCACCGGCCUUCUUGGCGACAUUGGCGCAUUAAAGGGAAAAUAUUUCUCAAUAAAUGUGCCGUUUCGUGACGGCGUCAGCGACCAAACGUACCUCAAAGUCUUCCAAAACACGUUCCCCAAAAUAGUCGCGGCCUUUCAGCCCGAAGUUUUUGUCGUGCAAUGCGGGGCUGACUCCCUCAAUGGCGAUGAAGUCGGCCAAAGCAAUCUCACGUUACCGACGAUAGGCGAAUGCGUUAAAAGCGUACUCAAGUGUGACAAACCCGCAAUUUUCUGCGGCGGGGGCGGCUAUAACUUUGUAAAUACGGCCAGGUUGUGGACUUACUUAACUUCGAUAAUUGUGGGAGAGGAGAUAAAUAACGAUAUUCCCGAUAACAGCGAGUUUUUUACGAGCUAUGGGCCCACUUAUGAGCUACAUAUUGAUUCAGGGAAGCAAAAAGACUUCAAUUCCAGCGAUUAUGUUCACAAAUUGAUAACCACAGUUGAGGGUUAUUGUGGCGCAAUUCAAGCGCAACCGUAAUUGCCGUGAUAUUUAAUUUGUUCUUAAGAAAGUUGUAAAUUAUUUUCCUAUUUUGAAUAAAAUUAUUUCAAAAGUAAAAAA